CAGUCCCAAUGUUGACAGUAUAAGGUGUACCCAGGAAAUUUAUAGAGACAUGGUUCUCUCCUUUAUCCUUGUUCAGAACCGACAAGGGAAGACCCGGUUGGCCAAGUGGUACGCGCCGUAUACAGAUGAUGAGAAAGUGAGACUCAAGGGCGAGGUUCACCGCCUCAUCGCACCCCGCGACCAAAAGUACCAAUCUAAUUUCGUCGAAUUCCGACGAAGCACAAAAAUCGUCUACCGCCGUUACGCAGGCCUCUUUUUCUGCGCAUGUGUUGACGCAAAUGACAAUGAGUUAGCGUAUUUAGAGGCUAUUCACUUCUUCGUUGAGGUCCUAGAUCAAUUCUUUGGGAACGUGUGCGAGUUGGAUUUGGUGUUCAAUUUCUACAAGGUCUAUGCAAUUCUUGAUGAGGUCUUUCUUGCGGGCGAGAUCGAAGAGACAAGUAAACAAGUUGUUCUGACGAGAUUGGAGCACUUGGACAAACUCGAGUGAUAUAUGAUACCCAACGAACGCCAUAUACAUCUACGGGACUUGUAAUGGGCUUCAAUUGAUGCACUGAAUUCCCGCGAGACAUGAUGAUGGGCUUAUAACCACUGUUUGACACAAUAAGUGGCUUUACAAUGCGCCAGUGACAUAGCAAAUUUCUAGGAAUGAGUGGCCUCACGCCAAUAUCACCUGACGCAAUCUGAAAUUUUGCUUUCGAGCUUCAUCUUGGCCGUUUGCAGUUUUGGCUAUGGGCUAUGGUGUGGUGGCUUCCCUGCAUGAAUGUAUCAGAUGCACGACUGCGACAAUCAUACAGGAUCCACCCUGGCAAUGGUUAUUUCGUCUCGAAGGGCGGAUGGGAUGUUAUGUGCGCAUGGCUUUGACUCUCGCUUAGGCCUGUGCAACUGCGAUUUCAGCAAACACGUAAAAUUCUGAUCUCAGCUUAUUAAAUAUGAAAAUCUUGCGACGUAGGAUGAUAGUCCAAUGAGAAACUAGUAAAUAGUAGCC